CUCUGCACUGGGUGUAUAGGGCGAAUGGAUACGGGAAAAUGCAGUGAAAAUUUGUAAUUCAGCGCAUUUUCAAUGUUUUAACAAUUGCGAUGAGGGAAAGAAAGUAUGAGAGGGUGGAUUUUAUCUUGUGCCGCUGCGGAGUAUGGGCCGUUAUCUUGAGAGAAAUGCGGAGUAUUUUUCCCCAUAGGUGUUAACGCAGAAAAUACAAGAUGAAGAAGCAAUUCAAUCGAAUGCGACAACUCGCCAACCAAACGGUGGGCAGGGCAGAAAAAACUGAAGUGUUAAGCGACGAUCUUCUGCAGGUGGAGAAGCGGUUGGACCUGGUCAAACAGGUGACCCACAGCACUCACAAGAAGCUGACCGCCUGCCUGCAGGGCCAGCAAGGGGCUGAAGAGAGAGAGAAGAAAUCUGUCAAGUCUCCCUCUAAAAAGCUUCCACUAACCAUCCUGGCACAAUGUAUGGUAGAAGGAGCUGCUGUGUUGGGGGACGACUCUCUACUAGGGAAGAUGCUGAACCUGUGUGGGGAGACAGAGGAGAAGCUGGCCCAGGAACUGAUUCAGUUUGAGUUCCAGAUAGAGAAAGAUGUGGUGGAGCCUCUCUAUGAGCUGGCUGAGGUGGACAUUCCCAACAUCCAGAAACAGAGGAAACAUUUAGCCAAGCUGGUUCUGGACAUGGACUCUGCUCGCACACGGUUUCACCAGUCGUCCAAGUCCUCCAGUCACCCUAGCAAUCUGCAGGCGGGCGGGGCCAAGGGGGAGGCCCUCAGAGAGGAGAUGGAAGAGGCAGCCAAUAGGAUGGAGAUCUGCAGGGCUGUGUCUAUGUCCCUGUCUCAUAGUAUCCAGGAAGUCUCAGGCUGUAUUCUCCAGAGGUUACAGGCUGUGUCUAAGAGGGUGGGUGGAGAAGCCUUCGUACCUGGCAAGGCCAGGGAGGAACACCUGACCAUCAGCAGCAGAGAGAUCGCCUUCCCCCAUCGAGGCCUGUGUCACAAUGCUGCUGGAGUGUGGCAUGCAGGAGGUCUGUUCAGAGUUGCUCCCUCGGCCUCCAAGCUGAAGAAGCUGAAGGCCUCCCUGGACUGUGGUGUUAUGGACGUACAGGAGUAUUCAGCUGACCCCCACGCCAUCGCAGGGGCUCUGAAAUCAUACCUCCGUGAGCUUCCAGAGCCACUGAUGACCAGUGAACUUUACGAGGACUGGAUUCAGGCGUCAAAUAUUCAGGAUAUGGACAAGAGACUACAAGCUCUGCUGGCGGCGUGCGAAAAACUACCAACUGACAACUUCAACAACUUCAGAUACUUAAUCAAGUUCCUAGCCAAGCUAGGAGAUUAUCAGGACUCCAACAAGAUGACUCCUGGUAACAUGGCCAUAGUUCUGGGUCCCAACCUGCUCUGGACCCACUCCAACGAGAGUGGGAACAUGACAGAGAUGAUGACCACAGUGUCUCUUCAGAUAGUGGGGAUCAUAGAACCCAUCAUACAGCACGCUGACUGGUUCUUCCCUGGAGAUAUUGAGUUUAAUCUGACGGGCUGCUACGGCAGUCCCGUACACACCAACCACAACUCAAACUACAGCUCCAUGCCUUCGCCAGACAUGGACCAAUCAGAACGCAAGCUGCCGCAUGACCAUGGCAGACGCCCACUCAGCGUUGCCACUGACAACAUGAUGCUGGAAUUCUACAAGAAAGAUGGGUAG